AUGGCCCACCAUACAUUAGUUAGUGAAAGCGUGGUAUCAGGGCUAAGUUUUGAACUGGUAUCAUAUGCUAUCAGACGUCAAAGUAAUGAAAUGGAAGAAAAUUCAUCUCUUGCGGCCAGAAAUGAGAUAGAGUUAAAUGCUCUAAAAGAUCUUGAAGGUAUUGGUUUACUUAUUGGUCUACGUUUAUCAGAGCGUCUUUUAUAUCGUGAAGCAACUUUUGGUGUUUCAACUCCCUUGGAUGUAGCUCGUUUUGUUGGUCAACAAUUGUGGAAAUCCGCCUUUGGAAAGAAAAUAGAUCGAAUGAAACAUAUGGAUAAUGUUUAUUUUUCUCUUAUUGACAAUAACUUUCGAUGGUUACAAGGUUUUUCGAGGCUAAAAACGGGAUAUGUAGUCUCAACAUUAGUUGUUUGCCCUCCUGGUUAUUCAGAGGGGUCAGUGGCUUCUGAUGAGGCUUCACCAUCCCGGAGAGAAAGGAUAGAAAACUCACCGAGUCACAAAGAUAUUCUAGUAUAUACUGUAGGUAUACUAAGAGGUGUCACUCAAGUAUUGUACCCUCAUGGAUCUAUUAGGAUACAUGCAACGCUUAACCCAGAGAAUGAAACUCAGUUUAUUCUUGAUUUUAGACCUCAAACUUCAUCAUAA